GAGCGAGCCCAACCUUCUCUGCACCGCUUCCUCAUCCGCUCGCUGCACCUGGACGCGGUCGGCGCGCGACCCCCGGCCGUGACGUCACCGCACCUGGCACCAGCCGGGGGGUCCGGGAGAGAGCCCGAACGCGACGGGGCGGGGUGGGGCGGGGAGAACGAGGGCGUUCUCGCGAGAUUUGCCUCCUCCCGGACCUAGCUCCCCGCACCUUCUCGGCCUCUGUCUGGGUCUCCACCUUAGUCUACGGUGUCGCCUUUUCUAACUGCGAGUGCUAAGGAAGAGGCGAGGGGCGGGCUCCGAGGCUGGGCGGGCGCUCGGGGUUGGAGCCGAGGGUCUGGGCAAACCGGUGGGUCCCUCCCCACUGCGGGAGCGGCCAGGGUGGGAAAACCGCGGGCGGGCGGGGUAGGGCCCUCCCGCCGCCGUGGCUCCUGGGGAGGCCAGGGGUGAGGAGCUGUCGCCGCCUUUGCCUCUGCCUCGCGGGCCGCGCUGAAGAGACUGGUAGGAGAGCGCCGCGGGCGGAUGGAGGCGACUCUUCGCCCCGCCUGAGCUCAGGAGGGGCUAGCGCGGAGCGCGGGUCCCGCCUCCAGCCGCGGGAGCGGCCGCGCGAGCCACCACAGGAGGAGGAGGAGGAGGAGGAGCAGACGUCGGCUUCUCCCCGCGGGAGCCCCCAGCAUGGUUGACUAUAUUGUGGAGUAUGACUAUGAUGCUGUACAUGAUGAUGAAUUAACUAUUCGAGUUGGAGAAAUCAUCAGGAAUGUGAAAAAGCUACAGGAGGAAGGAUGGCUAGAAGGAGAACUAAAUGGGAGAAGAGGAAUGUUCCCUGACAAUUUCGUUAAGGAAAUUAAAAGAGAGACGGAAUUCAAGGAUGACAGUUUGCCCAUCAAACGGGAAAGGCAUGGGAAUGUAGCAAGUCUUGUACAACGAAUAAGCACCUAUGGACUUCCAGCUGGAGGAAUUCAGCCACAUCCACAAACCAAAAACAUUAAGAAGAAGACCAAGAAGCGUCAGUGUAAAGUUCUUUUUGAGUACAUUCCACAAAAUGAGGAUGAACUGGAGCUGAAAGUGGGAGAUAUUAUUGAUAUUAAUGAAGAGGUAGAAGAAGGCUGGUGGAGUGGAACCCUGAAUAACAAGUUGGGACUGUUUCCCUCAAAUUUUGUGAAAGAAUUAGAGGUAACAGAUGAUGGUGAAACUCAUGAAGCCCAGGAUGAUUCAGGUGUCAUUCUUCAAAAACAAAUUAUUGCUUCAGAAACUGUUUUGGCUGGGCCUACUUCACCUAUACCUUCUCUGGGAAAUGUGAGUGAAACUGCAUCUGGAUCAAUUACACAGCCAAAGAAAAUUCGAGGAAUUGGAUUUGGAGACAUUUUUAAAGAAGGCUCUGUGAAACUUCGGACAAGAACAUCCAGUAGUGAAACAGAAGAGAAAAAACCAGAAAAGCCCUUAAUCCUACAGUCACUGGGACCCAAAACUCAGAGUGUGGAGAUAACAAAAACAGAUACCGAAGGUAAAAUUAAAGCUAAAGAAUAUUGUAGAACAUUAUUUGCCUAUGAAGGUACUAAUGAAGAUGAACUUACUUUUAAAGAGGGGGAGAUAAUCCAUUUGAUAAGUAAGGAGACUGGAGAAGCUGGCUGGUGGAAGGGUGAACUUAAUGGUAAAGAAGGAGUAUUUCCAGACAAUUUUGCUGUCCAGAUAAAUGAACUUGAUAAAGACUUUCCAAAACCAAAGAAACCACCACCUCCUGCUAAGGCUCCAGCUCCAAAGCCUGAACUGAUAGCUGCAGAGAAGAAAUAUUUUUCUUUAAAGCCUGAAGAAAAGGAUGAAAAAUCAACACUGGAACAGAAACCUUCUAAACCAGCAGCUCCACAAGUCCCACCCAAGAAACCUACUCCACCUACCAAAGCCAGUAAUUUAUUGAGAUCUUCUGGAACAGUGUACCCAAAGCGACCUGAAAAACCAGUUCCUCCACCACCUCCUAUAGCCAAGAUUAAUGGGGAAGUUUCUAGCAUUUCAUCAAAAUUUGAAACUGAGCCAGUAUCAAAACCAAAGCUAGAUUCUGAACAGUUGCCCCUUAGACCAAAAUCAGUAGACUUUGAUUCACUUACAGUAAGGACCUCCAAAGAAACAGAUGUUGUAAAUUUUGAUGACAUAGCUUCCUCAGAAAACUUGCUUCAUCUCACUGCAAAUAGACCAAAGAUGCCUGGAAGAAGGUUGCCGGGCCGUUUCAAUGGUGGACAUUCUCCAACUCACAGCCCCGAAAAAAUCUUGAAGUUACCAAAAGAAGAAGACAGUGCCAACCUGAAGCCAUCUGAAUUAAAAAAAGAUACAUGCUACUCUCCAAAGCCAUCUGUGUACCUUUCAACACCUUCCAGUGCUUCUAAAGCAAAUACAACUGCUUUCCUGACUCCAUUAGAAAUCAAAGCUAAAGUGGAAACAGAUGAUGUGAAAAAAAAUUCCCUGGAUGAACUUAGAGCCCAGAUUAUUGAAUUGUUGUGCAUUGUAGAAGCACUGAAAAAGGAUCACGGGAAAGAACUGGAAAAGCUGCGAAAAGAUUUGGAAGAAGAGAAGGCAAUGAGAAGUAAUCUAGAGAUGGAAAUAGAGAAACUGAAAAAAGCUGUCCUGUCUUCUUGAGUGGUGUGGACCUGGUGUUCAUAAUGUUCCAGGCAUUCAGAAGCAACGCUAUGAACUUCAGCUGACUUGUUACUUAAAAAUUGUGAAUUCUGUUGUUGUGAUAAAUAUGAGCAAAUGAAGUGUAAUGUCUAUAGAAAAGUAGAGUGAGGGUGAAUAUAUAUAUAUAUAUAUAUAUAUAUAUAUAUAUAUAUAUAUAUA